CUUUCUUCCUUCCACUUCCAGAACCUUCUUUCUCUCCCUUCUGGAAUUCUCCGGAAUUAUCCAUUUACUUAUUAACCUCCUCUCCUGUACAUACAAGCUUUUCUCUUAAAUAGUUUCCCUCUUUAUUUUGUUCAUUUGCAAUCCCAGCAGGGAGGAUCUCCGUUGAUGUGAAAUGGCAUGAAGUUAAAUCUCGAUUACCAAGGCUAUGCGAAUGCAAUUGUUUGUCCUACCAUUAACCAUUCGCCGAAGACUACUGUCUGCCUGAGUGACUGUAACCUAAUGCAGAUGAGCAGUACGAUCUGUAGUGUGGUGUCACGAGGAGCAUCAAGUUCAUGUUGUUACGCCCUGCAGACGGGGAAGUCGGGAACAAAGUUUGUCCGUUUGUCUAACUCCAAGACUCGUCCAUCCAGUAUUGGCCAAACAUCCUAUGCAAGCUGCUGCUUCAAAUCUUUCUUCUCCAAGGAAAUAGGCAACUCACGGUCAUUAACAGUUAAUGCUGGAGGGCCUCAUAAGCGACGUUUUGACAUUUCAUUUACCUAUCACGGUAUGAAAACCAGGCUUUUGGUUUCAGGACAAGGAAUGCUUCCCAAAAUCAAGUGUAAUGUGCGCCGUGUAUCUUGCCCACAAGGAUGCGCCUCUUCUGGCUUAUUAUUUGGGUUGUUGGUCUGUAAUUGUUCUGAAUCAGCGCAUGCUCAAGCAGCUCACAAGGACAAUAAGGAAGAGGACAGUGAUUUGUCAUAUGUAAAAUUUUCUCAUGGGAAAAAGGUUUACACUGACUAUUCUAUCAUUGGAAUACCUGGUGACGGGAGGUGCUUAUUCCGUUCAGUUGCUCAUGGGGCUCAUUUACGAGCUGGAAAAUCAGCUCCCGGUGAGAGCCUUCAGAGAGAAUUAGCGGAUGGCUUGAGAGCUAGAGUUGCGGAUGAAUUUAUCAAAAGGAGGGAAGAAACCGAAUGGUUUGUUGAAGGCGAUUUUGACACUUACGUUUCCCAAAUAAGAAAGCCACAUGUAUGGGGAGGUGAGCCUGAGUUGUUCAUGGCUUCACAUGUUCUCCGGAUGCCAAUUACAGUAUACAUGUACGAUGAGAAGGCCGGUGGCUUGAUAACCAUUGCCGAGUACGGGCAAGAAUACGGCAGGGACAACCCGAUCAGAGUUCUCUACCACGGCUUUGGCCAUUAUGAUGCGUUGCAGAUUCCCGGAAGGAGCGGAGGUAGAUCGAGGCUUUAGUAUAUGUAUUUGACAAAAAGUAGGACGAAUGACCAACAUCCUUAAAGGAAUGACGUCCAACUCAAUAGCAUUAUGAUGUACGUGUUCAUCUUAUAUUGUACUUGAAGUCAUUUUUUCUUGGUUUUUAAUGUUGUUUAACAGAAUGUCUUGGCUGCUUCUGUAUGGAGGACAUAAGAAUUUCUUUUUAACUGAAACCGCUUUUAGUAGA